AUGAAACGAAAGUUGGAGAGUGAAGACGACGCAGGAGAAGGGAAAAGGGCGUCAACCCCUGUUUUUUCAGGAGAUGAAUCUGGAUCAUUAGCCAAAUUUUCACAGAACAUGGACCUCUCCGACACGUUUGAUUUCAGUGUGAUUGGCGGGAAGGUAUUCAAUGAGCAGAACGAAAGGGUGCUUUAUAUACCACUGAGUAAGAAUUCGAAGAUAGGACGACAAAUGGACCAGAUAUUGAGGUUCAUCGAGGAACGCAAAGAGGGAGAAAGUGAGGGUGACGAUGGUAACAAGGAGAUUAUACUAAUUGCGACCGGCGAUUCGAUACAAAAGAUGGUCACGAUAGUGGAGAUAUUGAAGCAGAAGAUACUGCAGCUGCAGGACUACGAUAUGACGGAGCAAGGGCCUGGGAGAAGCGGGUUCCGGAACACGUCGAUUGCAAAGCUGCCCGAGUACAACCAGGUGGUGAUUUCCGGACAGGUGGUGAGCCAGGACAAGAUACGGCGGAACUACACGCAACUGAACUUUAUAGACUACACCUUGAUGGAGAGACGAGUGAGUGUGCGAAAAAGGACAGGGAAGAAGAACGAUUUUGGCAAGGAUGAGGACGGGUUGUACGACCGGGAGACGCUCAAUCAGGUAUUAAGGAUCGACAAGCUGGUGAAGGUGCCCGUGAUGUACACGUACAUAAACUUCCACCGGCACGAACAGCUGUCGGUGCGCUAUGUGAGCAAGUUCAAGAACCUCGUGUCAAACGGAUGGAGCAUGCAGCAGUCCUGA